AGCACCCUCUGCGGGGCGGAAGCGAGCUGCGGCAGCGGAAGUUCCCUCCCCGGCCCCGCCUCUGCCCCCCGCUUGCGCGAACUGGGUGUUUCCUGCCUCUCUCAGUCCGGUUUUGGAGACUCCGGCGUCCUCCGACUUUUCAUGGAAGAGAUGUCAGGAGAAAGUGUGGUGAGCUCAGCGGUGCCAGCGGCUGCUACCCGCACCACUUCCUUCAAGGGCACGAGCCCCAGCUCCAAGUACGUGAAGCUGAAUGUGGGCGGGGCCCUCUACUACACCACCAUGCAGACGCUGACCAAGCAGGACACCAUGCUGAAGGCCAUGUUCAGCGGGCGCAUGGAAGUGCUCACUGACAGCGAAGGCUGGAUCCUUAUUGACCGGUGUGGGAAACACUUUGGUACGAUACUCAACUACCUUCGUGACGGGGCGGUCCCCUUGCCCGAGAGCCGCCGGGAGAUUGAGGAGCUGCUGGCAGAAGCCAAGUACUACCUGGUCCAGGGCCUGGUGGAGGAGUGCCAGGCAGCCUUACAACAGAACAAAGAUACUUACGAGCCUUUCUGCAAAGUUCCUGUCAUCACCUCGUCCAAGGAAGAGCAGAAACUUAUAGCGACUUCAAAUAAGCCGGCCGUGAAGCUGCUGUACAACAGAAGUAACAACAAAUACUCGUAUACCAGCAAUUCUGAUGAUAAUAUGUUGAAAAACAUUGAGCUCUUUGAUAAGCUCUCUCUGCGCUUUAAUGGAAGGGUCCUGUUCAUAAAGGAUGUCAUUGGGGACGAAAUCUGCUGCUGGUCCUUUUACGGUCAGGGCCGCAAGAUUGCCGAGGUCUGCUGCACCUCCAUUGUCUAUGCCACUGAGAAGAAACAGACCAAGGUAGAGUUCCCAGAGGCCCGGAUUUAUGAGGAGACCCUCAAUAUUUUGUUGUACGAGGCCCAGGACGGCCGAGGACCUGACAACGCACUUCUGGAGGCCACAGGCGGGGCGGCGGGACGCUCCCACCACCUGGAUGAAGACGAGGAGCGAGAGCGGGAGCGGAUCGAGCGUGUGCGGCGGAUUCACAUCAAGCGGCCGGACGACCGCGCCCACCUCCACCAGUGAGCAAGAGAGCGAGCUGCCCUCCUCCACCCUCCUCCCCUGCUGUUCACUCCGGUUCCUGCCAGCUUCUGGGCGCCUUCCACUUCCCCGGGAGUCUGGAGAUACUUUUGUAACAAGCCAGAUGAUUAUUUUGAUAUUUCUCGACCAGGUGACUGUCUUUCCCCAGGUGAAUACACCCCUGUUCUUGAGCAAGCGGUGUCCAAGCACUCCCCCUUCCAUGGGGAUCGGGGAAUCCUUGGAGCCAGGCUUUCUUGGUUCUCGGAGAAAAGUAUGAGUGGGUAUGAAGUGAACAUGAGAAAUUUUGUUUGCAGUAUUUAUUUUGGUGGGUGCUGACUACCUAUUUGGGCUUUGGGGCAGCAUUCCCUUGGGGUUCAGUCGGACGCUCUGAGAGGGAUCCUGCAGUUGGUGGCCAUCAGAAGUUUCUCUGAGCUCCCUGUUUCCUAAUCUCCGGCCCAGCACUCUGGCUGCGUUCCCGUGCUUUAGACCGGGCCGUCUCCCGGACUUCGCUGGAAGUCCGUUCUGCCCCGGGAUUUCUCCCCUCCAGCUUAUAGGUAGAUGAGUGCAGUGUGUGGCACGGAAGAUAGGACUGAUGAGCUGCGUGCCUCUGACUGUUCUAGCGUAGCUCUGGGUGCCCAGAUCUGUUUGAGGGGCAGGCCUGUUGGGACCCCACAUGCCUGGCCAAGGGCAGAGCUGGCCCCGGCAGGGAGUGCACCCCUCUGUUCCUGGUUCCUUCCCCACCUCCUGCGCCUUCCACUUGCCCCCCCCCUUGUCGACUAGCUCCGUUCAGCAAAGGCCUCAUGGCUUGGUUGUGGGCGGAGCUCACAAACUGCCAUUUCCCGGGCUCCAGUCUUUCUUACACUUCUUCCCUGUUAAGCUGGGUUUCCUGUCUCAAGCAGAAGCCCUGCCUUUUGCUUAGAAUGUGGACAUGGCCUGGCCUCUGUCCCCCCAGCCUGGCAUCCAGGCAGGAAGCCCAUUCACACCAGCAGUCUCGGGGCAGGCAGCUCUCCUGCCCUACGCAGCUGUCACCUGGAGAUCCCCUUUGUGUCUUUGCCUCGGAUUUUUACACGGUGUGGAGUGGCCACAGCAAGCAGAGUUAGAGGAUGUGAAGCUCCUUUGGGGUCCAGUUAAGUGUUUAUGUUCAUGUUUAAGGGACGUGUGUGACUGUAGAUGAGGAUGUGUGCUUGUGGGGCGCAGGGGGCCCGCGCUGGAACCCGGCUGUCCGCACGGUGCUCGUGUAGGGUGGACAUUCUCGGUUACCUACCUCCCAGUCUCCUCUGCGCCUGUGAAGGGACAGAAGUGAGUGGUGACUGAUGUGGCUGGUCGCGACUAGACUAGGUAGAGUAGUUACAAGGAGAUCUGAACGUGUGUAAGGUAAUGGAUGGGAUUUGUUCAAGGGAAAUGUUACUGUUUUAUACCAAAGGUAUUGGUUAAGUGGGCAGCCUUUGACACAGUGUAUUCCAAAAAACGAGUUUAUAUUUUAAAAUGGUUUUUACAGCUUAGGCUUUGUACAUACUGCCCUUCUUGGGACAGUUGUAUACCUUUAUUUUGUAUCCAGCAGCAAAGCCUACAAUAAAACUUUAAAACAA